AUGCGCAGCUCUCAACUGCGACUUGACUUAUCUCCCACGUUUCACAGAUCGGGAGGAUCUAAGCAGUCCUUUUUUGACCUGCCAGCUCAACUGUUAUUUCAAAAACCAACCGGCUCCAAAAGAUGCGCCAGUUAUGCAGGUUUCUCUGAAGAUGACAAGAAGAAGGUGAAACUUGAACCAAUCUCUCCCUCUGGUUUGGGCAAAACAAUCUGUCUGUCUUCAGAUCCCCCGUCUGGUGCUUUUCCUUGGUCUCAAGAAUGUAAAGUCAAGAUUAAAACCAAACCAGGCUUGCCCUCAAAGGGUAUCACGAUUGUGAUCUCCUCAGAUCCCCCAUCACCUAGCCACAUCGACUCCUCUCAAGAUACCAAGAAAGGCAAUGAAACUCAAGGAGAUUAUGAAAUUUAUCGAUCCAAUACUCCUGGCGACUCAGAGGGCCAAGAUCGAGCUCAUGCUGAGGCCUUAGAGCGCUUUUUGAUUGAUUGCAAUGUUCCACCAAAAGACGAGACGACCAGGAUGAUCCUUGAACGUGCAGCUUUGCAUCUCGUCAGCGAAGCGAUGGACCGUGUCAAUGAACUCAAGAAGGAAACCGACGAGCUUCAAGAUGAAGAUUCUGGGGAUUCCAUUUCAAGUCGUCCCCAAUCCCCCGAAUUCUAAUCGCUCAUUCCAAUUCGGGGGAUGUGUCUUUAGUAAAUCAUAACCCUGUCUUCCUAUUCGCUGCUCCCUCAUGUAUGUGUUUCAGAAGAAUCCCUGUGUUUAUACCCUCUGCUCCAUCUUUGUACGAUGUCGCAGAAGACUUUUGUGUUUUUUUUUUGUCAUGCUGCUCCCUAUUUGUAUGAUUUCGCAAAGUCGCAAACCAAUAUAAACAUGAAUGAUUUUACUUGCC